UGUUGUUUCCAAUACUAAAAUAGUUUCAAGCUUCCAGCUCCGUUCUUUAUAUAUUUUUCCUAUUCUCACAUCGCGAUGGAUCCUUCCAAGGUGAACAAUGAAAUAGCAGAGAAGGUGCGGUUCCAUCUGAGCAAGGAUGAACUGGAACGCCAGAUGCGGAACAUCCAUGAGCAGGGUAGCUCAUUGGAUGGCAGGAACCGUGCCUCUGGAAGUGGAAUCAGUGGUGGCUCGAAUUCGUUGAACGGCUUGCCACGGCCGGAAUCAUGGACCUUCGAGAGCGUGGGCGGAUACUAUCUGCCCAAUGAGGAUGUGGCCAAGAUGUCGCUGCCACGUCAGGAGCAACUGCUGAUGAGGGAACUGAUCUACGCCUUUUCCGGGGUACCCUCCUCGCAUAUCAAGCCCGAUAUCCAGGUGGAUAGGAUUGCCGAGAUGAGUGCAGUGGAUGUAGCCAAGGUUCGCUUCCGCUUGGAUGAUGUCUUCAAUGGGGCUUUGAGGGCCUUGGCCAAUGACAUGCUGCCUUUGAUUGGCUACUACAUAAGUCUACAGAGUUUUAUAGAAGAGACCAAUAUGACGCCAAAAUGUGGCAGAACCCGACUGGCCUUGGCCACCGCUUUUGGUGACCAAAUGCAGGAGUACUAUGACUUGCAGUCCAAGUUGGAGACGGAUCUGCAGGAAAAGAGGUUGAAUCUCAAGGAUCUGGUGCGACAGGUGCGUCCUUGGCUGUCUACUUUAAAGGUUUUCUCCUGCAUGGCCUGCACUUCGCGGAGAAAGCUAACAGGCGCCCAGUUACUCACCUUGUUGGAACAGUUUUCCCGGGAGCAAAAGGCCAAUGAACCGGAUCUCAAGGAAAGGGUAUUCAAAAUUCUGGCUUCUGUGACGCGCGUUUAUAUGAAGAUUGUCCAGUUGUGGACGCAAAAAGGUGUCCUUUACGACACUCAGCAUGAAUUCUUCGUGGAGGACACGGAGCGUCCGAAUGCCAUGAGCAGCACUUUAUUGGCGCCGGAGAAAUGCUGCCACGCCUACUGGGCGCAGCGGUACCGCCUUCAUCCCGAUCGAUUGCCCGUUUUUUUGCUUCCCCAGGCUAAGGAGGUGUUUCAUGCCGGAAAGUACCUGAAUAUACUGCGACAGUGCAAUGUCACCAUGAAGUUGCUGCAGCAGCCACUGAGCUACACGCCUGGUGAAACAGGACAUGUGGACAUCAUUAAGAGCAGCUAUGAGCUGCCAGCGGGAAAACUACUGGAGAUAUUGGUGAAGAAACACAAUCUGCCCCAGCACAUUCGCAAUUUGAGAUCCAUUUUCCUGCUGCAGCAGGAGGGAUUCGCGGAGACACUGCUGGACAAAUGCCAGGAGCAGCUGAAGUGCAACGUUGAUAGGCUGAUCCCCGAAAAUCUUCAAACCCUUUUACUGGAGACUCUGCAGCAAUCCAAUGAUUCCUUAAAGGACAUGCUGCGCUGUCAGCUCAAGGAUUGCGAUGUGGCCACUCAAUUGGAAAAAAGAAAUAUUGAAAAAAAUGAGGGGGAUAAGGAGACCUCCAGUGAGGAGGAUUCACCAGAAACGCUGAACCUAUGUGGAUACGAAUCUUUGGCCCUUCGGUACGAGGCCAAGUGGCCACUGAGCUUUGUCCUCUACCCGGAGCUUCUUGAGCAGCUACAGAUCCUGCAACGUGUCCUGCUCUUCCUGCACUAUGUCAAACGCCAUCUGACCGUCCUUUGGCAAACUCCCUCCGAAGGCACUGGUCUCAAACUAACCCAUCGGUCUAAGGAUCUUCGCCAGCGAAUGCUAAUGAGUAUGCUGAACAUGGAACACCACAUCACCUUGGACAUCGCAGAGCCGCGAUGGCAAUCUUUGAUUUCAUCGGUGGACAAGGCCACUAGUAUCGAUGAGGUGUUGAAUAAGUUAGAGAUCUCUGUGGAUGAAUCUCUGCGCCUGGGGCUACUCUCCUCUGCCAGCACUUUUGUGAGAGCUCUUUUUACCCUGGGCCAAGUGUGCCUCAACUUUUGCGGAUUCGUGGAAUCCCCGCCCGGGGGCAGAUCAUCCCAGGAAUUCGAACAGGGUAUCAGCGAGUACGAAAUCGAGUUCGACAGUUUUAUGGGUAGCAUCCUGGAGUUGGUAGAGGAGUUGGCCAAAUCGAAUAGUUCUGACGAGCGGGAAUCUUGCAAACAGUUGCUCCAACGCCUCCAGGAGUUCUGCAAAGCCCCCAAAGUGGAAUAAGACGAGGUUGUUUCAAAUGAUUUCUCACACAUAUUUUAUCAGUAUGUCAAAAGCGAGUCCAGCGAUCAAGCAGCUUUGCCAAAUCAGCCGUCCCCCCAAAUCUAAAUGGCCAGCCAAGUACAUAACAACAACCCAUUAAAUAUUAAGCGCUGUGUUUGCACUACACGUUUGUGUACUUAAAAGAUGUACUUAAAAAAUUGUUUAAUUCAGCUGUGAAUAUUAAUGGAAAUAUAUUCAUAUAUAUUCCAUA